UGGCUGCCCGGGCCCUGGGAGGUAUGCUGACAAGCGUGCGCGGCCCAGCAGCGCAGCCUGUAACUUCCUCCCCUCUCUGCUCUGCCCAGAUGAUCAGCUGUCACUCCCUGCCCUUCCUCCUCCUCCUGCCGCUGGGUGCCUGCUUGCCUGUGCUUGACAGAGAUGCGCCCGUGAACGCCAUGGAUGUCGUCGGAGGCGGAAGGAGCUGGGCCAACCUGGCAGGGGGACGGCACUUUCUGUGGGGCUCCCCUGGGUGGCAGAGAGCUCCACACCCAGGUGCCUGGCUCAUCUUGGCCAAGGAGCUGCAGGCGGCGGGCAGAGCGCGUGCCAGCUUCAGGUUGAGGUUUGGGAGGCAGGACGAUGGCAGUGAGGCCACUGGCUUCCUCCCGGGUGAUGGUGAGAAGGCUAGUGGCCUGUUAGGGACCCUGGCUGAGGAGCUCCAUGGCUACAGCAGGAAGAAAGGCGGCUUCAGCUUCCGCUUUGGCCGGGGGUGAAGGGGCCCAGGCGUCCUGGAAGGGGCUCCUCCUUGACAGACCCCCUCCCCCGCUGCCACCGUUUCCACUCCCAUCUUCCCCUCAAGCCUCAAA